UUUUCCGUGAGCUGCAUCAUGGCGGAUCCGCUGAGCAUAUUACGCCAGUAUAAUGUCAACAAAAAGGAAAUAGUAACCAAAGGAGACAACAUAAUUUUCGGAGAGUUUUCGUGGCCAAAAACUGUGAAGACCAACUACUUGGUAUAUGGAUCUGGCAAGGAUGGAGCUCCAAAGGACUAUUACACAUUGGAAUGCCUGCUGUUUCUUCUCAAGCAUGUCAGUCUCACUCAUCCCACAUAUGUGCGGAAGGCUGCGGCUGAGAAUAUACCGGUGGUGCGACGUCCUGAUCGUAAGGAGCUCUUGGCCUACCUCAAUGGGGAGACCUCAACAGCCACUGCUAUUGAUAAAUCAGCUCCUUUGGAAAUUCCUACACAAGUUAAGAGAGCAGUUGAAGAUACUUCAGAUAGUACAGCUAAGAAGCCUCGCUACGAUGACAGUGAUGUACAGAAAAUUAAGGAACAGCUUGCCCUUCGUCUGGAUGCCCCCAAAAAGUCAUCAAUUGUCAGUAACAUUGACAGAUCCUUGUCAGAGGCUAUGUCAAUUGAAAAGAUUGCUGCAAUCAAAGCCAAACGUUUGGCCCUUAAGAGAACAAUGAUCAAAGAAGAUGAUGACCCUGGCCUUGGGACAGAUCUACGUAGCAUGUUAGAGUUUGAUAUUGACAUGACCAAAGACAUCACAACAAAAGAACGUCAGUGGAGGACUAGGACCACCAUAUUGCAGAGCUCUGGCAAGCAAUUUGCAACCAGCAUAAUGGGGCUCCUCAAGUCUAUAAAGGCCCGGGAAGAAGGUCGCAUGAGGGCCAGUGUGCCCAACCCAGUGCCCACACCAGUAUCUCGUGUGCCUCAGCAACCUGUGGGAUACUCUCGUUAUGACCAGGAAAGAUUCAAGGGCAAAGAAGAAACGGAGGGCUUCAAGAUUGACACAAUGAGAACCUACCAUGGUCUGUCUUUGAAAAGUGUGACAGAGGGGAGUCAGAGUCAUAAGAUGGCACCUCAACCUGAUCUUACUCCUCAGAACAAACCUGCACCUGGUCAGCAGAUGAAGAAGCCAUCCCGUACACCAAUUAUCAUUGUUCCCAAUUCUCCAAAAUCACUGAUCACAAUGCUGAACGCAAAAGAUCUUCUUCAAGAUAUGAAGUUUGUCUCUUUAGAAGAGAAAAGAAAGCAAGGGACAAAAAGAGAAACAGAGAUCUUGAUACAGAGACCAAAACCUGGAGGCCUCACUGUCCCUUACCGCGUCACUGACAACCCUUCCAAAUUAAGCUAUGCUGAUUGGGACCGUGUGGUAGCAGUUUUUGCCAUGGGACCAGCUUGGCAGUUCAAAGGGUGGCCAAAUGAAGGCAAUCCAGUUGAAAUUUUUAAUCGAAUUUGUGCAUUUCACAUUAAAUUUGAAGAGAUGAACCUUGAUGCGAACAUUGCCAAGUGGGCAGUGCACGUUAUCAACCUUAGCCGGGAACGCCGCCACUUAGAUCGAGCAAGAUUUCUGGAAUUUUGGGAGAAGCUUGACAGGUACAUAACAUUAAAGAAGCCACAUCUGCGGUCAUAACCUUCAAGUGGUCUAUUCUUCACAUCUUAUUACAAGUUUUGCAGUGAACACCACAUAUCCAAAUGAGGUAGAUUAUCAAAUGGUUUGUAUAAAAGCAUCAUAGGAUGUAAAUUUUCAAAUCAUCCAAACCUUGAAAUUUUUGAAUUGUAU